AUGAUUGAUCCAAGGAAUUUGCCACACGCUCGUGUCUGUCUGUUACGUCUGUCAACAAGGGACCUUCCACCCAAUGCAUUACAGCAGUAUCACAAAUAUGCCGCCAAAAGGAAAAGAAGUGACCCUGCUCUAAUUGAAGCCAAAGAAUUAAACAGGAGCACUAUCUCCGUCAAACAACCCACUGCUAGCUAUUCUAUCGGGGCAAAUAAUAAUCUGGACACUGGUGUAAACAGAUCAAAUGUAGUCCAAGAUAUAUUUUUGACAAGAACAUCCUCUCUAACACCUCACACAUCUCAUGUGCUAGAGGACAGUCAGCAUGUAACAUGUGGCUUAACUAAUAAUGCUACUGCUAAAAAAGCUGGAGAACAGCAUCCCGCAGCUUACUCCUCUUAUAUGACAGAUGUGUCUGGUUGGUCCACUGACAGUCACCUUGAUAAGUGUAAAGAUAAAAAUAUAGCUGGUGUGCUAGUACAACCUCUGGAUGUAGAGCAUGUACUGAAAAUUAAAGGAAAUGUGCUGCCUUGCAGAAGAAAUUCUGUAAGAUCCACGUCUUCUAGUGGCUCAUCAAAGGGAAGGGAACUUAGUGCUUCUGUGCGUCUUAGUCCAGUGACAUGGAGUGGCCCAACAGUUACCAACAGAAAGUAUAUGAACUACAAUCCUAAAGCAUUGGGAGAAUCCAAUGAUAAAACAGUACCUGUUGUUACAGAUCACAAUUAUGCACUGCGGAUGACUGGCAGCAUUUUAGUAAGUAACCUUAUCUCUUCCAUUUGUUCUGUAGUCUGUGGUUCAUGUCCUCAAGUGCCUUGAAGGACAAGAUUUUUGGCAGCAUAGUUGUCUCCUAAUUCCCUUCUGCCAUGUUAAGCUCUGGUACGUCCAUAUAAAUUGUCCCCUCCAUUUGCAAACAUUUGCAACCUACAUUGUGUUUUUGUUUAAGUCCUUCAUUUAUCCAUCGCAGGUGUCUAUAAAGACUCUUCAGACAAAAUCUGUUAUAGACUUCUGCCCCAUCUUGACAAGAGAACCCAGCUUAAACAGUUACUAUAUGAAAAAGAGGGUGUAGACCUUCUAAAAGACCUUUACAUUUUCCUGAAUGUUUAUGCUAUUUUAAAGGACUUUUCAUUCCUGUUAAGCACAAAAUUCACGAAAAAUUCGAAAAUUCCUGGUCAAAAAUUCCACCAGUGAUGUAAUGACAAUUGAAUGAAACGAGAGUGAGUCAUAUUUGAUGUCACUCGCGACACAGCAUAAUUAUAAUAGACAGCAUAAUUUUUUUCUGUGUAAAUUUAUAAUAUGAUUCAAAUCCAUUCAGGCAAAACAAGUUGAUCUCGUGACUUUGUUGUUCGCUCAGCUGGUGUGCAACCAUAAUUAUUGAAGCUCGCUUCCCUCGCCUUAAGAAUGUAUGAGAGGUCAACUUGUAGUAAGUCUAAGAGGGUACUGGACGAGGAUCAUUGAUACGCGAUCACCCAGAUCAUGAUGCAUUAUAGGAACUGAUGAUUCCACUCUGGACAAGGUUUCAUUGGCUCCUUUGAUGUACCUUAACUGUACCUGAGUGAUCUAGGAUCACUGAUCCAGAUCCAGGUCACCCAAAAGGAGGUGAAAAGAGAGAAAGAGACCUUACACUACCAGCAGGGUGCUCAUUAAGUGCCGGCAAAAAAACCAGCUACUUGGAGGUUUGAGCCGUCUACUUUUUGGGGAAAUGGGGUAAAGUGAGAGUGAAAGCCUUAAAUUGCCUACAAAUCUCAAUUGGCAAGGGCAAACUUUUACAUCCUAGCUGUCUACUUAAAACCUUAAGUAAUGAUCCGGGUAAGGUGGAUAGCAGUUUCUUUUGUUAUGCGGCAACGGUGCUUUCCCCACAUAGGAAUGUUCUCAUUUUUACACAGAGAAUGCAUAAACCUACAUGAAGGCCGUUUACGCAAUAAAAUGCAUUUACACUCCACUUUGAAAGGGUGUUUUUUGUGUUAAAAGAUUUUGACCAAUCACAAGAGUUGAAAACAAUAGCCAAGAAAAGUUUACAAUUUUACAUGUUCCCCACAUAGGAUUUCUUUGUUAUUCAAACUGAGACCAGAUUUUGUUAUAUGGAAGAUGGUUGGAAAGUAAGGAUGAAUAUAUGUACCGCUUUAUGAAGUUUUGUUAACUUUUGCUGUUUAAGCCAAUCAGAAGUAAGUACAGACAAUAGAAAAGUUAGCGCCUUUUUUGCAUUCCAACAUGUUCAUUGCGGUUGUUGCUAUCGUUCUGAUCUGGACCGUUUCUUAAUGAGAACCUUGCUACCAACACCUCAAGCUUUCCAUUUUGUUUCCCAGGAAUCACAAGGCUUGUUGUAUGAACAAAUGCCCUCUGCAAGGUUAACUUCAGGCCUGGAAGAGAGAUCAAGUGUAAUAUCAGAUGAAAGCACACUGUCAGCAAGUUUUAGUUCAUUGAAAGAUCAUUCAUUGUAUGGUCAUGAGGAAGUGUGGCCAGAUUUUGAUAGUUACUCACCCCCAGAAAGCCCUGAACCACAAAACAGCAAAAGUGGGAAUGAGAUUUUUUUGACAGAUCCAGAUGUAGGUCUUCCCAUGGAAGCAAAAAUUAGCAUGCCAUUAAAGCCUUGUAAUGGACUUCUUUCUCCAAAGAUAAGCCUUGCUCCUUUGCUCAUUAAGGAUAAGAGAGGUGUCAAAAGGAAAUGCUCCAUGUCCAGUGACACUCCCUCAAAGAGGAAGUCUUUAUCCCCCAAGGGAGAUCUUGUUGUCAAACUUAAUGAUGUUGGAGACAAAUUAGAGCGGUCUCCAACUGGUGGACUCACUGUAGCUACUUCUACAAGGACUGGACGGUAUACCUCUUUUGGACGAAGAAUUUUAGCAGUUAACUACUCAGAGAAAUCUCUUGCAAAGACUGUUAUGAAAAGAACACUUCCGACUGAAGUCAAAAAACGCAAGGCGAAGAAAACAAGAAAGUGUCUACUUCACAAAGACCAGAAAUGCACUUGCCGUGUUGAAAACCAGAGGGGCAAGCCAAAGAAAAGGACAAACAAGCCCAGAAAGAGAGACACAACACUCUUGCGUUAUGAAAGUCUACCAUUCAAAGAACUCAACACUAUUUCGAGAAUCUCCACAAGGUACAAGGUAGCUUUUUCCAAAUGGCCAUAUGUGUUUUCUGAUGCUUUGGAUCUCAUCAAUCAGAGAAUAUCUAAUCAAAAUUCCUUUUGGAAUUCCAUAAGAUCGUAGUCAGUUGUACUGGACACAUUUAGUGAGGAACCUCUUGCUUAUUCUUUCAGACAAGACAUGUUUCCUGAUGUCAUAGUAUAUAAAUUUAUCAUUGAAGUUAUAUAUUAGUAUUGUUAUCAUGACAUCAAGAAACAUUGUUUGUCUCAAUGAAAAGCAGAGAUACAUGUAGAUGUCAACAGUAAUCUAUGCUGGUCAUUAGGCUUGUUGUGUUUUUCCAGAACCUAUGCUUACUCCUCCCCCUCAGUUUUUUAUGACCCUGCAAGAGUUGAAUAUGGAUAUUUUCUGGAAGCACACUUCAUAAUCUAUUAUUCCUUUAGUACUCCUGGGCCAGGUUGUUCAAAGCAGAGUUAAAUUAACCCAGGUUUAGCGCGAAAUUUGAUUUCAGAUAUGAAAGCUUAAAAAGCAAAUUCUGUUUAUUCUUUUUGCCGACAAUUUGAUGAUUGGAUGCUCUAAGAAGAAGAGAGAAAAUUAUUUGGGAAAACGCUUUUAAACAAAAGAAAUAAAAAUAAUUUACACUAUUAUUUAUUAAAUUUUUUUGAAGUGCUGACUUGUCUGUACAGGGCUAAUUUGUACAUUGCAGAUGAUGAAAGGCUAGGCAUUCAUGUCUAAAAAUUUGCCUGACAUCAACAAUAAAAAAUCCAAUAUUUUCUGGAAGCACACUUCGUAAUCUAUUAUUCCUUUAGUACUCCUGGGCCAGGUUGUUCAAAGCAGAGUUAAAUUAACCCAGGUUUAGCGCGAAAUUUGAUUUCAGAUAUGAAAACUUAAAAAGCAAAUUCUGUUUUAUUCUUUUUGCCGACAAUUUGAUGAUUGGAUGCUCUAAGAAGAAGAGAGAAAAUUAUUUGGGAAAACGCUUUUAAACAAAAGAAAAAGAAACCCGGGUUAAAAUUUAACCCCGGGUUAGCACUAAUCGGCCUUCGAACAACUGGACCCUGAUGAUAACAUGAUAAAUUUGCAUGGAAGUAAGGCCCUUAGUGGCUCAUGAUCUUAUGGGUUAUUCUGCUUUCUUGUUUUGUUUCUUGGUUUUUUCUCCGGGCUUAGAUUUAAAUUUUGAUGGGGGCCUAACUUCUCAGUUAGGGAAACCCAGGCCUGUUCUCUGUCCAUAGGCACAAUACCUCUCCUUUUUGACUUUCUUUAAUAUGAAAUUAGAGAUGUUUUUUACUGUUGUGGCUGUCCUCGGAUCUUAAGGCUCCUACUUGUAUUUUCACAUGCCUGACACUAACAAAGUGUCCGCCUCACAGAAAUGUCCAUCUGACAAAAGAGAGUCAAUGAAAAUGACCAAAACCACCUUGCAUGGUAAAAAUCCAAUUGGCACCUUCCCAGGCUCAACCCAAACUAAUGUUGAAUUUCAUUCAUUACCAUCAUCUCUCUGAUCAUGGACACCUCUUUAAGACAGACAGCUCAGUAAAUAGACACCUAGAGUUGGUGCCUGCAUUUUUUGACUCUCUAUAAGACAGACAUCACUCUUACAUGGGCACUUAGUGCUAGUCCCAAAGGUGUCCAUUUUAGAGAGAGUUGAAUCAAUAUACAUUAUACACUUUACCCAGGCCCCAAAGGGAAGGGGAGGAUCACUACAAACUCCUGAAUUACAUGUACUGCACAAGUAUUUGGUGGCACGAGAUUUGAAUGGAUGACGUGAUUUCAUCAUAUGAUUCAAGAAAUAUGCAUUUAGUUGUGUAGUAAUCCCAAGGAUUUGUGGCCUCCAUUGCAGGUAUUCAUCUUAUAGAGGUGUUUUUUGCAUUUUAUUUACUAGAGUUGACUGUACUUUUUCAGUGGCUUUUGACAUUUCUUAGUUUCCACUGUGGUUAAGACGAAAGGCUAGUGAAAAGGCCACUUGCAAGAUGGCGUCCUUUGAAUGCUACAACCAGAAUCUUUCAAGGUUUUGCUUUCUUGUGCAAAUUAGGGCUUUUAUUAUUUUAACCUGACUGGGACUGCCAAAUUUUGAGCAUGAAAGAAAAACCAAAGGCAUCAUUUUACUGCUACCAGAAUCCUUCAGGGUUUUGCUUUCUUGUGCAAAUUAGGGCUUUUGUCAGUAAAAAUAUAAAAUAUGAAAGAAAAAACGAAAUGAUUUCUGGUCUUAGUUGUGCAGAUGGCCUAGUUAAGUAAAGAAUUGUAAACGAAAUGAUUUCUGGUCUUAGUUGUGCAGAUGGCCUAGUUAAGUAAAGAAUUGUAAUACAGCUGUAGUACAUGUUUGGCUCAAGCCGCUAAAAGUUACCUCACUGGAAGUAAUAUAUGCUGGAAAUUAUUUAUAUAAACACAAUUUAUAAAAAUAAUUUACACUAUUAUUUAUUAAAUUUUUUUGAAGUGCUGACUUGUCAGUACAGGGCUAAUUUGUACAUUGCAGAUGAUGAAAGGCUAGGCAUUCAUGUCUAAAAAUUUGCCUGACAUCAACAAUAAAAAAUCCAGUGUUAAGAAAUUCACAUUUUAAUGGCUUUAAAUGAAGUCUUUUUUACAGUAUUGUAAUGUCAAUAUUUAAAAAACCUAUUAAUGACAAAGCAAUAGAAGCUAAAAGUAGUUGACAACCCAUUUAUGAAUUUUAUGACAAUGUGGAGGCAAUGUACUGCUUUCAUUUGGUUCCAUCCUCUCCAUGUUUGUUUCCAUGGCAACCAUGUUACAGUAGCCUUUAGGUGUAAUCCAUACAGUGAGUGGGAUUGUAGUGGCUUAUGGGUAAUAGUAGUGAGAAGUGGAGAGGGCUGAAUCACACGUUAGCCUCAAGGCUUGUUAACCUGUUGACUACUAGCUUUGUACAGCUGUAUAACGACAUAAACCGAGGGAGUUUUAAAUUGCUUGUAUUAAGAUUUUUACUGCGAUUGCAAGUUAUUUGUAUAUAAGCAGGCUUGUUCAACUGAACUACUCCUAGAUUGAGAUGGAAAAGAAUGCCUUUGCUUUCUCUAAGUUUGUUUGUUCAAAGGCUCCACAAUGUUGUGUCUUAGACUACCGGCAAUGUCUUUGAACACAGAAAGGUUAUUUAAUUCGUUUUAAGAGCUAUUCACACUAUUUUUUAAAUAUUUUCAGGAAUCUCGCCUACCAGGCCUCAGUUGUUCAACGGCUGGAUAGCAUUAUGCGGUAGAUUAAUAUUUUUCCCCGUGGAUAGUGGAAAUGCAGGUGUCCCUUUUACACUGAAUAGUGAUUAAUCCAGUGUAUAGUGCUUUCCACCUGGAUAAUAAUAAUAAUAAUAAUUAUUAUUAUUAUUAUUAUUAACCCAGUGUAUAGUGCUUUCCACCUGAAUAAUAAUAAUAAUUAUCAUUAUUAUUAUUAAUCCAGUGUAUAGUGCUUUCCACCUUUUGAACAACUGGGGACAGAAUGAAAUGAAAGUAAUGUAGUUCUUGUGGAUCAUUAUACGUUUCUGGGAAACUGCCCACCUACUCCUCCCCAAAGCCAACAUUUUGCGCUAAGUGAGAAGUACGUGUUAAUGUUGGCUUAGGGGAGGGGUAGGUGGGAACUUUCCCAGAAACAUGAUAAGGCCGCUUACGU